CUCCCAGUAGUAUAGGUACUGUACGGAGUACCUUAAGGUAGUCUGCUGCGCCAAGCCUAAGCCGAGCCAAGCCACAGCGCCACACCAGGCAAGCCACGAAGGAUUAUUCUGACCUGCGGGAGCAAAAAAUAUCUCGACUCGAGAGCCUCAUCAGUCCCACUUCCCUUCCCCACCCAUUGACACCACCUGCAGUUGCAGGAGUGCUGCACACACAAGAACCAUAAGCACACCUCCCUGAAACACAAAAGCAGCAGCAAUGCCGCAUAAACAUACCCGGAAAGGGGAAGACAAAUCCACCGUCGACCUUCCACCCACUGUAAUCGCAAAACCUCUGCCCGUCUCCAAAUCCGCCAAUGCCAAUGGCAUAUUCACCACUGAACUCUCGAAUACGAGGAGAGAUAGCAAGAAACGCAAGCGGAACAAGGAUCCUAAUGAUGAUACCCCCAAAGCAUUCGCUCGCCUGAUGGCAUUUCAAGCCGGCAAGAAGCUUCCUAAGGGAUUGGACGAUGGGGUCCGGGAAUCGAAAGCCCAGAAGAAGCGUAAGCUGGCCGCAGAGAAGGACGGCGAGGCACAGGCACCGACUGAGACGCCUGCACAGCAGAUGCCUACCAUAAGAGUAGGCGAGAGCAUGUCAGACUUUGCAGUUCGUGUCGACGCCGCCUUACCGGUUAGUGGGCUGAUCAACAAAACUGCCCGGGGAGGGAAAGACCCUUUGGGUUUGAAGGUGAGACGCACCAAGACGGAGAAGAGGAUGCAUCGGAUGUACGAUGAAUGGCGGGAGCAGGACAGGAAGAUAAGGGAGAAGCGGGAAGAGGCUCUUGAGCUUGCCGAAGAGGAGGCGAUGGAUGAAGAUGGGCAGGUGAAAUGGAAGGUGGAUAUCGUGGCAGGGAAUGGGAAGAAGAAGGGGAAGAAGGGCAAGGGGAAGAAGAAAGUAAGAGGGGAAGUGGAUGAUGGGGAGGACGAUCCUUGGGAGCAGAUCAAGAAGAACAGAGCUGAGGCUCCAAUUAGCUUGAACGAUGUUGCACAAGCCCCGCCAACCUUCUCGAGGCUUCCGAAGGAGAAGUUCAAGGUUCGGGGGGCUAGGGUCGACAUCGAGGAUGUCCCGAAGGCUAGCGGCAGUCUCAGGAGGAGAGAAGAGUUGGGUGAGGUGAGGAGAAGUGUAGUCGAGGGGUAUAGGGCUAUGAUGAAGAAGAACCAGGGGCUUGCCGAGUAGAGAGAUGGGUGACGGCUGUCCAACUAUCACCGUAGCUAGGUGCUGGUUCCGACUAAUAGACUAAUUCGCAGGCUCACUUCAUCUCAAUGGAAUCACGCGAUUUCUGUAAUCUCUGCC